ACGAGGCGCUCCCCGCGGUCACAUGGUCCCGUUUUCUGCCGCGUGCGGGCACGGCGGCCUCCGCACGCUCACGUCAUCGCCGCCGUCCGGCAGGGCGCGCGCCCUGUUUGAAAAAAUACAGAGCGAGAGAGCGAAGCGCGUGCAGCAGAUGACAGGCUCCUCGUGCGGCACACGGACGUCACUUCUUCCAGUCAGUCAGUAGAAAAGUAGAGCAAUGGAGUAGAGUCCCGGUGGAGACACUUCUUCUUCUUCUGGUUCCGGUUCUGGUUCUGGUUCUGGUUCUGGUUCUUCUUCUUCUUCUUCUGGUUCUUCUUCUUCUUCUUCUUCUUCUGGUUCCGGUUCUGGUUCUGGUUCUUCUUCGGCGGCGUGUUUUCCUCCUGUUUUACCGAUGCUGUUGGUGACGCGGGCGGAGCGGCGCCAAAUCUCCGGGAUUUUUUAAAAGACGCUGACGUGAGUGACUCUGUCGGAGCUCGGGAUGACGACGACCGCCAUGGACACAAGCGGCGGCGGCGGCGGCGGCACAGGAGGUGUGAUCUCCUACGUGGGUUCAUGUGGAGGCUCUCCGACCCGGACCAGUCCGGUCUCCAUGUAUAGUGAGAACUCCAACUCCCAGACCUGCUUCACCUCCUCCUCCUCCUCUUUAACUCCCUCCUUCCUCAGCAGCAGCAGCAGCUCCAGUUCAGGCUCUUCAGGAGAGGACGGCUCCUCCUCAGCAGGAGGUUCACCUCGAGGCCGAGACGACGGAGGAUCUCUGAGGGCGUCGCCCAACAAGUCGGUGGCCAGUCUGACCAAGCUGAAUGGGAUGGUGUUGCUGUGUAAAGUCUGUGGCGACGUGGCCUCAGGUUUCCAUUACGGGGUUCACGCCUGCGAGGGCUGCAAGGGUUUCUUCCGUCGCAGCAUCCAGCAAAACAUCCAGUACAAGAAGUGUCUGAAAAACGAGAGCUGCACCAUCGUAAGGAUCAACAGGAACCGCUGCCAACAGUGUCGCUUCAAGAAGUGCCUGUCAGUGGGCAUGAGCCGAGACGCGGUUCGUUUCGGUCGGAUCCCGAAGCGUGAGAAACAGAGGAUGCUGGCUGAGAUGCAGAGCGCCAUGAACAACAUGGUCAACAACCAGCUGCAGAACGACUUCCAGCUCGCCAGCCUCUCCUCCUCCUCCUCCUCCUUUUCUUCGUCGUCGUCGUCGUCAUCAUCUUCUUCUUCUUCAUCCUCCUCUCCCUGCCCGAGGGUGACCAUCGCCCCCCAGCCCCAGCCCUCAGCCCUGCUGCUUGCCCCCUCCUCGCCUUCCCCUCCUGCCCCAGCCUCCUCUUCCUCGCCCGGAGAGGAGGGGCCCAAACCGGGGCCCAACCACGCCAUUAACGGUUACCUCAACACCACACCACCAACCACCAACAACAACAACAUGGACACGGGGCGCUACCUGCGCCCGCGGACGACUGCCUGUCCAAUGAACAUGCAGCCUGACACUGAUCCUUCAAAGACCCCCCAGGAGAUCUGGGAGGACUUCUCUCUGUCCUUCACCCCCGCCGUCAGAGAGGUGGUGGAGUUCGCCAAACAUAUCCCAGGAUUCAGCGCUCUGUCCCAGAACGACCAGGUCACCCUGCUGAAGGCCGGCACCUUCGAGGUGCUGAUGGUGCGCUUUGCGUCGUUGUUCAACGUGAGGGAACAGACGGUGACGUUUCUCUCUGGCGCCACCUACAGCCUGGAGGAGCUGCAGGCGAUGGGGAUGAGCGAGCUGCUGGGAGCCAUGUUCGACUUCAGCCACAAACUGGCCGCACUGGAGCUGAACGCUGAGGAACUGGGACUGUUCACCGCCGUGGUGCUGGUGUCUGCAGACCGCUCCGGUAUCGAGAACGUGGCAUCAGUGGAGCAGCUGCAGGAGAACCUAAUCCGAGCUCUGCGCUCGUUGGUCGGCAAGUCGGACGUCGCCUCCGGCAACAACCACCACAACCUGGACUCGCCGCGCUUCACCAAACUGCUGCUGAAGCUGCCCGACCUGCGAACGCUCAACAACAUGCACUCUGAAAAGCUGCUUUCCUUCCGCAUCGACGCCUGAUGACGUCGUCAGUGGCGUCACCGGUCCCUCUGUUCAGACUCGGAUCAGGAUCACUGCCUGUGGUCGCCAGUGACGAUAAACACGAUCGUGCGGAGCUCUCUCUCGCUGCGAUCAUCCCAUUACGUCAUCAUCCCAGCGUGCCGAUGAUGAUGUCCUCGCCACAACAUCAUUAAGACAUGGUGAUGAUGUCAUCAACAGAACCGUUUAGCACGCAGCUCACCGCCAAAAUAAAAGUCUCUAGCUUACCGGGCGGCUUCUUGGCUACCAGAAUCCUCCAGACUGGACACGGUAAAGGAGCAGUCCGGCAUUUUAAGAAACCUGUUUUUUGACCUUUUACGCCAAAAUGAUUAUUAUUAAUUCAAUCUCUGUGGAUCGAGUACGAAGUGUUUAGCCUAGUUGAGCAGAAGGACUGGAGGCAGAGGGAAACUGCUAGCAUAGCUUCACCUUCUCUUUCACUUUAUUCUAUUAUGACCCCACAAGCAGGUACGGAGGUAGUUACAGAGGGUAAAAAAAACCCCAAGAAACAUAAGUAACGCAAGUGGACGUUCCCCAAACCGUCCCGGAAAGAAAUAAACAAAUUCAUAACUACACAAGCCGACGAGUAAACAAGCAUAUUAUAACCGCCGUUAUCAUUUUAGCAGGACCUGUGACUCCCGAGUGCCGUAACACUGGCGAGCUUUUCUUCCUGUCUCCAGUCUUUGUGCUAAGCCAGGCUAAUGGACCUCAUCGCUGAAAGCGAUGUCUGUCUGAAACAUCUGCAGCCGGGGUCCGGGCUGACUCAGCAGCUUGUGAUGGGACAGAUCGACUGAAUGUGAACCGAUACAGGCUAAAAACCCAGGGAUCAAGUUGUAGCUCACAGCUAACUCACUGUCUCCAUAGCAACACUGGAGUCCCAAAGCCUAGGGCACGCUUGUACCCGAAAUCAGAGAAAGACAAAGUAUAAUGACAGGAGUGAUAAAAUCCAGUACAUUUUUUCGGUAUUACUAAGUCUCAUCGUGGUUCUCAUGGUUCUCGUGGUUCUCAUACUCCUGACACAGCUACUCUCCCCUCUGUCCAUUCAUAUGCUGAUUUUCAACCUGCGUUGAAAACCCACUGACUUAAAAGUCAGUUUAAAAUUGGGCCCAUGAGAUCACAGUACCUCUCCUAACUGUUUUUACCACCUGAAACCCCUGCAUCCGAGCAGAAAACACAUUAAAACCCGUUCAUAUAUAUUAUAAAUUGACCCCACAUUUGGGAUCAGCCCCGCAGCCUUUACAGGGUUUUCUUUGCCCUCGUGUCCUCACGAACUGAGGUGACUCCUUUAAAAUGAGCUGAUUUCAGUGUAAAGUUCUGCCAUUUUAAACGCUGGUGUGACCAGGCUUUGCCUCUGAGUAAAACAGAACACGGCAGGGUUUACACUAGAUGUCAGACUCUUCCAGUAGAAAGGGGACAUCCACAGCUUCCAAGCUCCACGUUGACCGGACAUUUUGUCGGAAAACGACGCAGGCAAGGACAAACAUCGGUCCGGGUCCACCCUCCGGUACGAGGGAGCAGCGGUGACGGACAGCCUCGCUGACCAAUGAGACGGUGGAGGGACGAAGUCAAAAGCGGAAAAUCAGACAUAAGAGCGAGCUGCAGCGUGCAGACCGAAGCCUCAACCAGUCGCCUCUCUGACAAACAUUAUGCAGCAAACCUUCUGUACAAAAACUAAACACUCAAGUACAAACGUCCAGUUAUACUGGAACUGUUUGGAGAACUGUGUAGGACACAAA